AUGGCCUCUGAUAUUGGUGUCAUGUUUGGAGAAGAGAAUAAGUUCAACAACAACGAUCAAGAGCUCACUUUCUAUAGAUCAAUUGGGAGAAUCCAUUCUAGGAAUAGCCAGUAUGGAAUGGCAUUUCAAAUAGUGUGGAGAGAUACCACGAAUAUAUAUACCACCCUAAACCCCGACCAUUUCUCGCACAUUAUUUCUCUCUCUCUCGCUCUCUUCUCUCUCGGCUCCAUCUCACUCGUUUCGUCUCCGAGAUCACCAUGGAUCAAGAUCGGAAUCAAUGGAUUUGGAAGGAUCGGGCGAUUGGUGGCCAGAGUGGCUCUCCAGAGCAACGAGGUCGAGCUCGUCGCCGUCAACGAUCCCUUCAUCACUACCGACUACAUGAUUCUUAGUAAGAAUUAUUCGAUCCCAUUGGAUAAGCUCCUGUCAACAGUGCAAUAAGAUACUGGUGCUACACCCCUCUCUUUUAUGAUGAACAAUCGAAGGCGAUACGGAAAGUGCCGGUGGGCAGAGGUAGCUGGAAUCUGCGCGUGACAAAGACCAUGGG